UCUGAGGUGAGGGAUAGAGAGCAUGCAUAGAGAUUAUGGAGACAGGGAACUUCCCAAGCUGUACUCAGACUUCACCCACUCAGAAGACUGGAACCCAGACCAGCAACGCAUGGUAGUUUAAAGAACAAGUGCUUUACGAGAUAUGUGCUGCUAUGAAUCAAGGUCUGGAGAGGCUGUCCAUUUUUUUCCUCUGUUCAAGGAGAGGAGUCUCCUCUGAAAUCAAAACUCACCUAACUAAAAAGAAACGACGUUUUACUUCAUGGAACAAAUAUCAUGUAGAAAGCAUUAGCUAUUAGCCUUUCUCAAGUUGCACUCAAGACUUAAAGACCAUCUGAGCUCUUGUCAAGAACAUAAAGAUUUAAGUCCCGAGCGUGGCAGCGUCCCGGUCACCGGAAGAAGCCGUGUGACGUCACGAGGGCCUACGCGUCGCGCGGGGGGCAGGAGUUGACGGACGGUCUCUGGCUACGUUUGGGCGGCCCUGGGACCACGGAAGAGGCUCUCCUGGGCGGCCGCGAUGCCUAGCUCGCGGCGGGUCAGUCAGCUUCUGGAUCUAUGCCUGUGGUGCUUUAUGAAGAACAUUUCCAGAUAUAUCACAGACAUUAAGCCUCUGCCUCCAAACAUAAAAGAUAGACUGAUUAAAAUAAUGAGUAUCCAGGGGCAGAUAACAGAUUCAAAUAUAAGUGAGAUUUUACACCCUGAAGUCCAAACUCUAGAUUUGCGAAGCUGUGAUAUUUCAGAUACUGCUCUCCUGCACCUGUGUAACUGCAGAAAACUAAAGAAAUUAAAUUUAAGUUCCUCAAAAGAAAACAGGAUUUCCAUAACUUCAAAAGGAAUAAAAGCUGUGGCUUCCUCUUGUUCAUACCUGCAUGAGGCUUCUUUGAAAAGAUGCUGCAAUCUCACUGAUGAAGGAGUCCUUGCUCUUGCACUCAACUGCCGGCUGCUAAAGAUCAUUGAUUUAGGUGGCUGUUUAGGUAUUACUGAUGUGUCCUUACAUGCAUUAGGAGAAAACUGCCCGUUUUUGCAGUGUGUUGAUUUUUCAGCUACUCAGGUAUCUGAUGAUGGUGUGAUUGCGCUUGUUAACGGAUCUUGUGCCAAGAAAUUAGAGGAGAUUCAUAUGGGACACUGUGUGAAUCUGACUGAUGAGGCUGUAGAAGCUGUCCUCACUUGCUGUCCUCAGAUACGUAUAUUACUCUUCCACGGAUGCCCCCUAAUAACAGAUCAUUCACGAGAAGUCCUGGAGCAAUUAGUAGGCCCAAACAAACUAAAGCAAGUGACAUGGACUGUUUACUGAUGCCUAUUGAAGCUUUUCAAAGCAAGGAUCUUUAUACUACAUUCCCAGGAAACAAUGGUCUUAGAGAUUGGCUUUCAGAUAAUGUGCUUUUUGCUUUGAAGUUAACAGACCCUUAAACAUUUAAUAGUGCUAUUAUCCUGUUUGUUUGCGGAGUCAUUGUUUUUGAUAUGGUAAGCCUAGCAUGCCCUCUGAUGUAUUGGAGUUGGGGGGCUGUGGGAGGGGAGUAUUGUGUUUGUUUCUUAAAUAACAAAGUUUUAAAUUACCAGUUUUUCCUGGAGAUUUCCUUCUCCUACCUGCCUAGUUGAGAGAAAUUUACCAGUAUGAAUAACCAUUAGGAGAAUUCUUAGUAUCCCUAAAAGCGUAAUUUCCUUCCUAGUUAUUUUCUGGCCCCUACUUUCCUUAAGUAUUUAAAUGCUCAUUGGCCAAAAAGCAAAGUUGAACAUCAGGCCUAUGUAUCCUCACAGAAUUUAAUAUUUCAAUAAAACAAAGAAAUAGAA